CACAAAACAAAAACCCUUCUCGUCGUCGCUUUUCUUCUCUAUUCGGCCUUUCUUCACGCACUCUCUCUUCUUCUUCUUCUGGUUCUUGAAUCGAUUGCGGUACUGAUCAAUCUACCUCCUCCGUCACGUUUUGUUGACAAAGAAAGUGAAAAGGAAAGGAAACGGAAAGGAAAUGAAUGGUUUCAAGGCCUUCAAAGCCCAAGUCCCAAUCGAAUGGAGUCAGCGGCUAUACAUAACUCUGGUGAGAGGGAUUCCCGGGACCAGGAGACUCCAUAGGCGCACCCUGGAGGCAUUAAAUCUCACGAAGUGCAACCGAACUGUAACACGAGUCAAUUGUUCUUCCAUUAGAGGAAUGCUUAACCAGGUAAAGAGGCUGAUUGUGAUUGAGACCGAGGAGAUGUACAAUGCCCGAAAGCAGAAUCUUGCUAACCACAAAGCUGUUCGCCCUCCGGUGGUUGUCGGGCACUCCCCUCCAAUCGCUGCAAGUAGCACUUCUUCAUAGACCCUUUUACAUCAUGUUCUUACGAUGUCCUUUAGAUGUCAGCUCUAUUGUUGCUGGGUUCCUCUUCCAAAGUUGUACCAGCUAUGCAAAUUGCCUAGUAGCUUUUUUUGAAUUUUCCCGAAACAUGCAUUGUUUGUUCUAAGUUGUUAAUCGUUUCCAUGUUCCACCCCUACUAAUCACUAUUUUUGGAGAUUACCCUAGAAGUUUAAGAAAGGGUUGAUGUUAUUCUGAUACUGGAUGGUUUCCUUGGUUGAAAACCUAAUUUGUAUCCAUUGCAAGUGUCGUCAAAAUUUGAUCUGAAUUCAUUGUUAGUG